UCCCAAGGAAGAGCUUUGCCUGGCGGGUGUCGGGGAGAGCCCUAUGCCAGGGGAUGCCCGGGUGGGAUCCCUAUUCAAGGAGAGGCCCGGAUGGGACCCGACCCCGCGGGGCGGGGCGGGGCGGUGCCGGUGCGGUGCCGGGAUCGGGUUCGAGGGGCCGCCGCAGCACCUGGAGGCGGCCCCGCCCGAGCGCAGGAAGGGAGCGCCCGGCGGGGCGGGAGGGAGCGGCCGGAUCCGGCGGCGGGGCCGGGGCCGGGGCUGCCACCCCUCAGAGCCCGCGGGACGCUGCCGGCAGCGGCCAUGGCUUUCGGGAAGGCUCCGAGGGACCCGUUCGGCACCGCCGUGGGCAGCCUGGUCGAGCGGGCGACGCUCGGGUCGCUGCAGACGGAGGAGUGGGGACAGUUCAUGCACAUCUGCGACGUGAUCAACGUCACGGAGGAGGGGCCUAAAGAUGCAGUUAAAGCACUGAAGAAGAAGCUUUCAAAAAACUGUAACCACAAGGAGAUCAGGCUUACCUUGUCUCUGCUUGAGAUGUGUAUGGAGAACUGUGGCCCAAGAUUCCAGUCUUUAGUUGUGAAGAAGGAUUUCUGCAAAGACAAGCUGGUGAAACUGCUGAACCCACGAUACAACCUGCCCAUUGAUAUGCAGGAGAAAAUCCUGACCUUUAUCAUGGUUUGGGCACAAGGUUUUCAAGGGAUGGUGGAUGUGAGCGAAGUAAAAGAAGUUUACCUAGAAUUGCUGAAGAAAGGAGUGGAGUUUCCAUCCUCUGACACCAGCAGUGGUGGAUCUAAGAUUUCACCCCAGCCUUGUGCAAAGUCAUUCCCAUCCUCUGCCAGUCCUGCCAAAUGUUCCUUCCUGCCUCUUCCCACAGGCCCAACGUUGUUGUUGACUCCAGAGCAGAUUGGGAAACUGUACAGUGAACUGGAUAUGGCAAAAAUGAAUGUGAGAGUCAUGUCAUCAAUAUUGAAAGAAAAUGUUCCUGGCUCUGAAAAUCCGGAUGAUAUGAAUCUUUUACAGAAAUUGUACAAGACCUGUCGGAUGAUGCAGGAGAGGAUCAUGGAAUUGUUGGUGACAGUGGAGAAUGAAGAUGUGAUUGUUGAGCUAAUACAAGUAAAUGAAGAUCUGAAUAAUGUCCUCCUGGGACAUGAAAGGUUCUCACGGAACAGAGUUCGUUUCCUGGAGAACCAGAGGAUACAGCGGGAGCGGGAGGAGCUGUACAGGAAACAGCCGUCUGCUCCCUCAAGUGAUCUACUUGGCCUCUCCAUAGAUUCUCCAUCUUCUGUGUCUGCAGUGCUGCAAAGGGACCCAGCAGUGUCUCCUUCAGGAAAUGGCUUAUCUGCACACCCUGAAGAUAAAACCAGGUCUCAUCCAUCACUUUACCCACAGCUGGAUUCAGCAACUCCUACGAAAGCUCAUCAGUCCCUAUUUGCAGCUGAAGCACAAAAUAGUUUAAGCGGCCCAGCUGGACACACAUAUAGCAACAUGAACACAUAUAGCAAUUUGACGACUCUUUUAAGCCCAGUGCCUCUGAACCCAGUAAAUCUGCAGGCUGGACAGACUGUGCCAUCAAAUGGACCAUCACCAGCAGCUACAUCAAAGAACAAGUCACAGUCACCUCAUUACUAUGAGAUAAUGGAAUUUGAUCCCUUGGCUCCCACUGAAGCUAUUUAUGAAGAAAUUGAUGUUGUGCUGAAGACAGAAGUUAAAAAGAACACAGCCUGAACGUGGAGGUGGAAUCCUUUCCUGAACACUCUAGUGCUGGUCCUGUGCAGUGCUUCCUGUAACUAUAAGUGAAUAACAGAAGAGGUUUUGCAUUUUGACACAGUAAUUAGUGCUGGAGUACUAAGCUGUGUGCAAGUUGAAGAGUUACUUGGCUCCACACCUUGACAAUUUGUCCUAAAUGUUCAGCUGUGUGUUCUUCAAGGUCACUUGCAUGGUUAUUUUAAAAUAUUUUGGGCGCCUGUAAAAUGUGACUUCCAAAUUCACCUGUGUAUGAGUAAGACUUGACACCUGGCACAAGUAAAAAGAGACACAUUACAUUCACAGAAACUGCAAAAUCCAGUUUCUCUUUUGGCCUCACUGCUAUGUUCAUCUCCCUAGAAAUCUAUAAGGGUGUUUUGAGAUACAAUUUUUUUUUCCCUAAAAUUUGCCCCUUAAUAGAUGUCUGAAGAUGUGCAGUGUUACUUGUCUACAUCCUUAAUACAAAUUUUCCUUUAUUAUUUUCUUCCUAAAAACCCACAGAAUAGUUGGAUUUUUUUCUUGGGAAGAACCUAAGCUGGUACACAAAGUGUUGUCAUCCAUAAUUAACAGAACGGGAAAAACCUGCUUGUUUGUUGUUGCUUUUCUUUACUCAGUAAGUAUUGGAGGGGGAUCAGUUGUUUCUUUCAAUAUUCCUGCCCUGCAGAGAUUCUUCUGGUGAAGGAAAAAUUAAUCAUCUACAAUGCAGAUGGGCAAUAGUUACCCAUUUACUUUAAUUAAGUUGUUUAAUCCUGUUAAUAACUAUUUUAUCUUUUAUUAAGUGCCUUAUCUAUUUUAAUGCUGAAUGUAAACUGUGCACUUUAACAGGUAUAGUUCUCUGAAUUUAUAGCUGAUACAAAAUUUGAGAACUUAGUUCAUGUUCAUACCAGAUAAGCUAGUUUUUUGUGAAAUAACUGCAUUUUAAACAUUCCUUAUGUUAACUGUUUCAGGAUAAGUAGUUCUCAGCUGCUUUUGCAAUUUUUAUAGCAUAAAAUUCCAAAUAAAAGCAAAUGCUUACUGAGAAGUAAA